AUGAAUACAAGUCUAACCCAACAGGCUUUAAAUGAAGCUAAACUUGCAGUAACCGAGGAUGGGAAAGGCAAUUUUGGAAUAGCGAAAACUCACUAUAUAAAAGUUAUACAGUUGUUUGAGCAGAUUAUCAAAGACGAGUCCAAUACUCAAAAGAAAAAUACUGUAAUUCGCAAGUGUCAAGAAUACAAAAAACGCGUCGAACAAUUGAAUUGUAUUCUAUCGUCAUCCUCCCCCUCUUCCCAGAUUCAAAAUCAAAGUAGUAAUCCGAAAGCUAACGUAGAUGCGUUAUCACCGCUGUCUGCAGUUGAUAAGUUGUUGAAUGAUGCGCAGAUAAAAUUAGCGAAGGCAAAAAAACAAGAUGCGCAAAAAAAUUAUCAAGAAGCAUUAGACUUGUAUACGGGUGUAGCAGAACAUUAUCUUAAGGCUAUUAAAGAGACGCAUACACAUUCUGCCAAUGCAGAAUCCACGCGUUCUUGUUCAGUGUCAGACAAUAAAUUGACAGCAACAGAGGUGGAUGUACUUUUCAAAACUUCACAUAUCAAUGGUAAAAUCUAUUAUCCUUGGCUAGAGAUUGAUUUACAAGAACAGUUUACUUAUAGUGAACUAUUCAGGGAUCCCGAUGGCACGGUGAAUUUAUCAGAUAAGCAAAAAGAUAAUUUUGGUGCUUGGGUGCGUCCAUCCCAAAUAACAGAUAAUCCUAGAAUGAUCGCAAUGAUUUCUAGUACGAGCAUUAUUCAGGAUAUUGUUACCGACUGUUCGUUUGUUGCGUCUUUAUGUGUAACUGCAGCGUAUGAAAGGAGAUUCAAAAAACAAUUGAUAACACGAUGUAUAUAUCCACAAAAUAAAUUGGGACAGCCAAUGUAUAAUCCGAGUGGGAAGUAUAUGAUCAAAUUAACGUGUAAUGGCAUCGCAAGAAAAGUAUGUCAGUUGGUCAUGGUUGAUGAUUUACUCCCUGUUUCACGUGAUGGAACACUUAUGUGCACGUUUUCGUCGAAUAAAGAUGAACUUUGGGCUAGCAUAAUUGAGAAAGCGUUGAUGGGUGGCUAUGAUUUCCCUGGAUCUAAUUCAGGGAUUGAUUUACAGUUGAGUUUUGUUUUAAUUACUGUUGAGAAACUAAUUCAUUUGCAUUCGCAUUUAAUAUUGACGCAUGUAAUUAUUACAAUAGUGCGCUUACUGGUUCGAGUUUUAAUCGAAAAAGUACAUGGAAAAGAAUUUUGGAUGGCCAGAAUUUUGGUAGGUGAUGCAUUGAUAACAAUUGCAACUGGUUCCAUGACAGACGAAGAAGCAGAUUUGGUUGGUUUGGUUCCUACUCAUGCGUAUGCUGUGCUAGACGCUAAAGAAGUUAAUGGGCUAUGUUUGUUACAGGUCAAAAAUCCAUGGAGCCAUAAAAGAUGGACCGGCUCAUUUAGUCACCUAGAUGAAACAAGUUGGACAAGUGAGCUAAUGAAAUCGCUUGAGUAUGAUCGGGUGAAAGCCGGAUAUAAGGAUGAUGGUGUGUUCUGGAUUGACUUUGACUCUGUAUGCAAAUAUUUUGAUUCAAUACAUAUGAAUUGGAAUCCGGAGUUAUUUUCUUGGCGAUAUAUAUUACAUUCUUCGUGGCCUAUUAGUGAUAGCAUGCAUCCUGAUAAUAUAAAUCUAUCAAACAAUCCACAAUAUACUCUCGAAAUACAAAAUUCCAAAAAAGAAUCAUGUGCCGUCUUUCUAUUACUCACCAAACACAUCACAGUGAUAAAAGAAAACAAGGAUUAUAUCACCUUACAUGUGUAUAAUUGCGAUAAUAAUAGUGGUAGCAGUAAUUGUUUGGAUACUAUUGCAACCUUUGGCGAAAAGAUUUAUUACCCCGGAAAACCUUUCAUUCAGGGCGUGUAUAUUAAUAGUCCUCAUAUUCUGGUACGAUUUAACGCGCCGACAGGUACAACACGGUAUACCAUCGUAGUUGCACAACACGAAAAAAUGAAUUCGCUGGAUUUCACAUUAAGAUGUUAUUGCACUUCUCCAUUCACAUUAUGUGAGAUUCCACAAAAAUAUCCAAUUGAGAAAAAGAUUGCAGGUCAAUGGACACCUCUUACAGCAGGGGGCAACAAAUCUCACAUCACAUAUUUAAAUAAUCCACAAUAUCGUGUUUCAAUACCACAUUCUUCUAAUAAUAAUAAGCCAAGAUUGUUGAUAAUGUUGGAGGGACCAAAAGAUUUUGCUGUUCAUGUGAAAAUAGCAUGGAGCCGUGGUAGAAGAGUUGCUAGUGUAUCUGCCAAAGAUAUACUAUCCCAAUCAGGUGAUUAUCGUCACGGAUUCUGUUAUUGUGAAGUAGAAGAUAUUCAACCGGGUGAUUACACCAUUAUCGUAUCAACAUUUGAACCUGGUCUAUGCGGUGAUUUCUUAUUGACCGUUGGAUCAAACGUAAUUGGCUUUAGUGUUGUGCCUAUACCUGCAGAAGGCGCUGGAAUGUUCAAAAAAGUAAUUAAUGGAAAAUGGAUUGACGGUAUUAAUGCAAUGGGAUGUCCUAAUUUUGGUGAAUAUCAUCGAAAUCCAUGUUAUUACCUUAAUCUUAAGGAGAUGACUACGAUAAAAGUACGACUACAAACCCCAAACAUAAAUCCAAUCCCCGCAACAAACAUUAAAAUCUUUGAAAAACACGCGUCAACAAAAAAGUUUGGGCGUGAAGUGGCAAGUUCUGGGCCUUAUACUAAUUAUGUACAAGGUGUAUGUACAGAAGAUGUCGCGCUACCUCCUCAUGGAUAUGUUAUUGUGUUCUCCACCUGGGAUAAAGGCAUUACGGGAAAUUUUGUCGCGUUAUUGUAUAGUGAUCGACCGGUUGAAGUUUUUGAAGAGAAUGGGCAAUAA